AGAAUAUGUGUAAAAUUAUUAACCAAACCAUACUUGAUAUUAUUAGCUAUUAACGUUUCUGUGUAGUAGUAGCAUGAGGAAGCGUCUGGUUGAGUAGCUGGUGGGUCUUGGCAGGUAAAGUAGUGAUUGCUUUUCUUGUCUCUGCUGUUUGGUCAUUUUUAACAUCUCACAGACACACAGGGACACAGACACAGACACAUUCACACUUAGCCCUUAUCAGCUAAAGCUAAACACUGGCAAAUACAACCUCAAAUUCGACAAAAGAAGUGGUUCAUGUCUAUGUGUUAUCUCACUUCUCUCUCUCUCUCUCUCACUUUCCUCCAUCAUCAUCAUCAUCAUCAUCAUCCCCAUCUCUCUCUCUCUCUCUGUAAUCUUAUCUCCUUUUAAUAAUUCACUCACCCCUUUACUUUCGUUGAUGCUAAAAAAACAUGGUACCCUAUGUUGUUGGUUGUUGCUGAUACUCUUCCCGAGUAACAAGUACAUAGCAAUAGCAUAUCACUGAAGGAGCCUGCAGUUUAUCCUACUGUACUAUAUACUAUGCUAUAUGAUGGUGUCAUGGUAAGCUGACCAAAGUGACAAUUUUGUUCCAUCCAUUUGCCUUCUGGGGAAGAAGUUAUCUCUUAGCAAAUCCAUUCAAACAUGAUGACUCCAAACUUGAACUUGGAACCUGAAAACCAUUCAGAAGGAACCAGCCAAGUGGCUUCCCCUGAUCUUACCAAGGGUAGCACCACCACUUCUUCCUCUCUUUCAAAGGAUGAAGCUGAUCCAGCUCCUGUUACCCUUGACUUGACACUUAACCUCAAUUCAAAUAGUGAUUGUGAGUUGAAAGGUUCAAGUGAUGCUAGCAGUGAAGUAGGAGCUGAAGUUCAUGCUUCAGCAUCAGCAACUCCCAGGGUUUUCUCUUGUAAUUACUGCAGGAGGAAAUUCUAUAGCUCACAGGCAUUAGGGGGUCAUCAAAAUGCUCACAAAAGGGAGAGGACAAUGGCUAAGCGCGCAAUGCGAAUGGGAAUGUUCACGGAGAGGUAUACAAGCUUGGCAUCUCUACCUCUUCAUGGUUCACCUUUUCGGUCUCUUGGUCUCGAAGCUCACGCCGCGAUGCACCGAAGACAAGUGCCAUCCUCAUUGAUGGUUCCUGAUAUGAAAGCUGGUGCAAAAUUUGAGAAAAAUAAUUUUGGAUCACUAGUUUUCAUGGAUGAUGAUGAUGUUGGAUUCUUUUGGCCUGGUAGUUUCAGACAGGUAGAUCAAGGAGCUGGUGUUAAUCUAGGACAUGCUCAAAGUUCUAAUGCUAGUUUAGUUCCAAUGCCACCCCCUUCACCGCAAGCUUCUACAUCUCCUGAUCUCACACUGAAGCUUUAAGCACCAAGAAAUGAUACAUGCAUAAGGAAACCCCUCACAAAGUAAUAAAUAAGUGGCUAAGAAGUGACUCUUCCAUUGCUUUACACCCACCCAAAAUUUCUCAACCACUCAUUUUUAUUGUGAGGGGUUCAUUGAGAGAUUUUUAUGUGUAUGUAUCUCAUGAUUUUUUAGUCUUUGAUUUCAUUCUCUUUAGACAUGAGAUUAUCAAUUAAUAGGGCGUGCAUUGUACAGUGAGACGUGUAUUUCCAGGGGCGAUUUUAGCUUUGCUUUAAUCUCACAUUAUUAACGGUUUCCUCUCAUUUCUAUUUUGCUUCAUUAUCGAUGAUAUUGCAUUCGGUGUGUUAUAUCUAUAAUGUUUUUGCGAUGCACGGAUUGUUAGAAACAUUAUGUAUUAAUAUGAUUCAAUUGGCAAUAAAAGCUUCUACGUGGGUUGAUUUCGGUUGCAGGAGUUCGAAUCUUAUUAGAAACGCCAAUGAUUAAGGUCACAUUAAGCAGAAGAAAGAAGAACAAACCUCGAUAAUUUUACGCUAUAAUUUAAUACGAUCUUUAUAAGCUUACCCCCUAAGGAAUUAAGUUUUGAAACUGUCUAAGCAUGCAUUAUUUAAUCUUCAACAAAAUGUUCAUGCAAUGUAAUUGUUGGCUUAUGGUUAAGAAUCGUGAACUUUAUAAACUUGGAAUAUUUAUUUUGCCGUCCAACUUGACCUGUGUAAUGUAUUAUUAGGCUAUUAUUGCAAGUGUUUAUUCGGCUUAAAGUUGUCGUGAAGCCCAUGCCAAUUGAAAGUGGACAUCUUAAGCAACAUUUUGAUAUAAUAAUUCAUAAGAAUCCAAC